AACUAUUCAUCAUCUUCGUUUGGAUUUGGUUUCUUUCUGUUUCUGACAAAAACCACCGGCAAAAUAAAGCGACUACGAUUCCAUUUUCACCGGCGCUUCCGUGAGACAACAUCUCUCCAUCUUGGAACUUUUUCUAAUGGCAUUAUUACUCCUUUCUCACUGCUCUAUCUUAUCUUUUCAACCUCCAUUAUCGUCUUCUUCUUCAUUUCAUUCUUCACAUAUCCAAUCUCUGAGCAAACCAGUUUUCGCUUCUCCUUCCCCAAUUCGAAAUUCAAUUUCUUCGUCCGUCUCUUCAUCUUCUUCCUCCGUUAGUAGCUCCAAUUCGAUUCCUCAGGUCGUCGUAACACGAGAACGAGGCAAGAACAAUCAAAUCAUCAAAGCUUUGGAGAAAAAUGGCAUAUCAUCUUUAGAGCUUCCGUUGAUUCAACAUGCGCGAGGACCUGAUUUCGAUCGGCUUGCUUCUGUAUUAAAUGAUAAGAGCUUUGACUGGAUCAUCAUAACAUCUCCAGAAGCAGGUUCUGUUUUUCUCGAGGCGUGGAAGACAGCUAGCUCCCCAGAAGUGCAAAUAGGUGUAGUAGGAGCUGGAACAGCCAGGGUAUUUGAAGAGGCAAUGAAAUCGGCAGAUGGAUUGCUUCAUGUUGCCUUUACACCAUCAAAAGCAACUGGUAAAGUCUUGGCUUCGGAGCUUCCAGAGAAAGUUGGCAAAAGGUCCUCUGUCUUAUACCCGGCUUCUCUAAAAGCAGGCAAUGAUAUUGUGGAAGGGUUGUCCAAACGUGGGUUUGAAGUUGUCAGGCUGAAUACAUACACAACAGUUCCGGUGCAGAGUGUUGAUACGGUGCUCCUGCAACAGGCACUAUCUGCUCCUGUUCUUUCUGUAGCUUCUCCUUCUGCAGUUCGCGCCUGGCUGCAUCUGAUUCAAAAUGAGGAGCAAUGGAGCAAUUACGUUGCCUGCAUUGGAGAGACAACUGCAUCAGCUGCUAGAAGACUAGGAUUGAAAAACGUCUACUACCCAGAGAAACCAGGACUUGAAGGGUAAAUCUUGAUCUUUUCAUAUGUGGAACACAUGAACUAGGCUUUGGAUUAAGUCCUCUUGUCAAAUAACUGAUCAAAUUGAGAUAUAUCGCCACCUGGGUUUUCCAUGGUUUUGUGUAUGUGUGUGGCAGGUGGGUCGAGAGCAUAAUGGAAGCUCUAGGUGCUCACGCAGAUUCAAGUAACCCUAGCAGCAGGAAUUGAAUUACACUUGUGCCAUCCUCUCAUAGAUUUUACUUAUGGAGGACUUUGAGUUUGGUCAGUGCCUGUAAUUUAGAGGACAGGGAAAAAGAAAGCAAAUGAUGCUUUUGAGAAAAUACUGAAGCCCUUGUAAGAUAUCUCAGAUAGCUUUUGUCGUACAGUAUAUACUCAUUAAUUAUUAUGUGAAUGCUAAGAUCAUAAAUGAUCAAAAAACAUGAACAAAAAGCAAUGUUAUGUAGAUGCAACUAAUCCAAACUUAUUAUGUUUGUUUAAUAAUUUAAUAAUAUUAAUUGAUAAGUACAUU